CAGCCUCAAGUCAUAUAAGAUGGGACAAUAAAUAGACCUAAAAGUAUUCCCGAAACGAUUAUUAACUCAUCCCUCUUGGAUUUUAUAGUUCAUAUCGUUUGCUAACUAUGACUCGGUCAAGCCCAAACAUCCCCUCGACGGUGGAGGAGAUCCUCGCUACUGCCGCAAUGGACCCCUCUUUCGAGGAGGCUUAUUCCAAGAAAGGCCGCCCUCCUGGAUUUCCAGGACUGGAGGUCGAUGAGCUAAAGGAAAUGGUCCACAAACAUCUGCCUAUCCUACAGGCCAAGCUCGGAGCCGAUCGGCCCGACGGUGUCAUCGAGACGGAGCACACCAUCCCUCUCGACACAGGCUUCCACUCCCGAACCCUCGUCUGCCAGCCUUCUUCGCCAUCCGCUUCCUGUCCCAUCAUAGUUCUCUUCCAUGGAGGGGGCUAUUGUCUUGCCUUUCCCGAGAUAGAAGUCGAACUCGCUCGGGAGCUCGUCAAGGCGCACUCGGCCGUUGUUGUCUGUCCUUCCUUCCGCCUGGCCCCUGAAUACCCUUUUCCCACGCCAAUGAAAGACGGGUGGGCUGCUCUGAAAUACAUCGCGGCAGAGCUUGUCUCACCUCACGAUCCCGAAUCCACUCUAUUCCCACCGCAAGCCGAUCCAAAAACAGGGUUCAUCGUCGGCGGAACAUCCUCGGGCGCACAUAUGGCUUGCGUCGUCUCACAUCUCGCCCAAUCUAACAGCCUCUGCCCGCCUUUGACAGGCCAAUUUCUCAGUGCAGGAGGCUUCCUUCCUCAUUCACGCGUGCCAGAGAAGUACCGCCCCUUUUACCUUUCCUGGGAGCAGAACAAGGAUGCACCAAUAGUCAACAGGACUUUCCUGGAGAAGUACCAGUCCGUAGUAGCGCCGGAUCUUGACUCCCCGUUGUGGGUGCCAUUUGACCAGCGACAUCCUGACGAUGCCUCAGGACAGAUCAAGAUGGGGCACAUAGGUCAGCCACCUGCCUACUUUCAGGUGUGCGGGAUGGACAUCAACCGUGAUGAGAGCUUGAUCUAUGAGAGGGUAUUGAGGGAAGAGUGCGGUGUUCCCACAAAAGUUGAUCUCUAUACAGGCUUUCCGCAUUGUUUCUGGAACGAGUUUGGCGACCUAGAUAUGAGCAAGGAGAGGAUGAGGGACAGUGUGGAUGGAAUCAGCUGGUUGCUAAAGCAGAGCACACUCUAGAUGCUAGUAUUUUAAAUAAUUAGCCUAAGCAGUUAGGUAGGCUUGAAUUUUCAAACAUCUGAUUGGGGUUUGGUAACGC